ACCUACAGAAUGGCUCCAUCACCAUGACUGACUGACCUGUGUAGGAUAAAUCAGCCGUUGAAGCAAAACAUUUUGUACAAAAACUGCUCCAACAAAGUAACUGUCUUAGCUGCCUUUUGGGUCCAUUUAAAUACAGAAAACUUCUGCCAUUCUGAAUGGAGUUACCAGUGGGCAGUGACAGUGUUCACCUGGCUGCAUACAGACCCAGACCUCCUCUGUCAGUAGCUAAUGGGAAGGCAACACCUGGAGGGUAUGAUGAGUCUGGGUACUAUCAGUGUUAUGGUGAUGGGAGCAGCGUAACAUCCAGAGGAUCUGAUGCUCUAACUGGCUAUGAGACUCUGGAUGCUCCGCCACACUAUGACUUCUACGCCAACACAGAGGUUUGGGGGCGACGGAGGCGCUUCAGACCAUCUCUGUACCAGCUCCACGCAAACCCUGAGGAUGACUCCAAACCUCCAUUGUAUGAGGAGACAACAGCUGGACAGAUGGAAGGAGGAGACAGCUCAGAGGAAGACGAGGAGGAGCAGAAGGAGCCACCACCCGAACCAACCCGCUUUGGCUGGAUACACGGAGUCAUGAUCCGUUGCAUGUUAAAUAUCUGGGGGGUGAUCUUGUAUCUGAGGCUGACUUGGAUCACUGCUCAAGCUGGUAUAGGUUUGACGUGGGUGAUUAUCCUGCUAUCCUCUUUUAUAACUGGGAUCACUGGUCUUUCAACCUCAGCCAUUGCUACCAACGGAAAGGUCAAAGGAGGUGGGACCUACUUCCUGAUCAGUCGCAGCCUCGGUCCAGAGCUGGGUGGGUCCAUCGGUCUAAUCUUUGCUUUUGCCAAUGCUGUUGCUGUGGCCAUGCACACUGUGGGCUUUGCUGAGACUGUUACAGACCUUAUGCGUGAAAAUGGGGCUGUCAUGGUGGACCGAACCAAUGACAUCCGCAUCAUUGGCAUCAUCACUGUCACAUGUCUACUAGGUAUCUCAAUGGCUGGUAUGGCGUGGGAGUCAAAGGCCCAGAUUCUGUUCUUCCUGGUCAUCAUGUUGUCAUUUGCCAGCUACAUUGUUGGAACAUUCCUCCCUCCUUCACCAGAGAAACAAGCCAAGGGUUUCUUUAGCUACAAAGCGGAUAUUUUUGCUGAAAAUUUCUUGCCCAACUGGCGGGGUCCAGAGGGCAGCUUCUUUGGCAUGUUCUCCAUUUUCUUCCCUUCUGCCACGGGCAUCCUGGCAGGAGCUAACAUCUCUGGAGAUCUGAAGAAUCCAGGAGUGGCCAUUCCCAGAGGAACACUGAUGGCAAUAUUCUGGACAACUUUCUCCUACAUCAUCGUCUCUACUACCAUUGGAUCCUGUGUGGUGCGGGAUGCGUCUGGCCUGUUAAACGACAGCCUGUCACUCUCACCCAGCGAGGAUUGUGGUUUAGCUUGUCACUAUGGAUGGGACUUCACUGAGUGUAUCAACAAUAACACAUGCACCUACGGCAUCAGUAACUACUAUCAGUCGAUGAGCAUGGUGUCAGCCUUGGCCCCUCUCAUCACUGCUGGUAUAUUUGGAGCAACACUGUCCUCUGCUUUGGCCUGCCUGGUGUCUGCUCCUAAAGUCUUCCAGUGUCUGUGUAAGGACAAACUCUACCCUUUCAUCGGCUUCUUUGGCAAAGGUUAUGGCAAGAACGAUGAACCGCUCAGAAGCUACGUACUGACGUACUUGAUCGCUGCCUGCUUCAUUCUCAUUGCUGAGUUGAACACCAUCGCUCCCAUCAUCUCCAACUUCUUCCUCUGCUCCUAUACCCUGAUCAACUUCAGCUGCUUCCAUGCCUCCAUCACCAACUCACCAGGUUGGCGUCCAUCCUUCAGGUUCUACAGUAAAUGGCUGUCGUUGCUGUGCGCUGUGUGUUGUGUGGUUAUCAUGUUCCUGCUGACCUGGUGGGCGGCCCUCAUUGCCUUUGGCGUGGUCUUCGUCCUUCUGGGAUACACUCUCUACAAGAAGCCUGCUGUGAACUGGGGCUCCUCAGUGCAGGCCAACUCCUACAACAUCGCUCUGAACCAGUGUGUCGGCCUCAACCAUGUGGAGGACCAUGUCAAGAACUACAGACCCCAGUGUUUGGUGCUAACAGGUCCUCCCAGCAGUCGCCCAGCUCUGGUGGAUCUUGUCAGCUGUUUCACAAAAAGUCUCAGUCUCAUGAUUUGUGCCAAUGUGAACACUGCGGGUCCCUCCCCAUCAGCGGUGGAAAAUGCGAGCAGUGACAGUCAUAUUGCCUGGUUGAACAAACGGAAGCUGAAGUCGUUCUACAGAGGGGUGGUGGCUACAGAGCUACGAUCAGGAGUUAACAUGCUGCUACAGGGGACAGGUUUGGGUCGUAUUAAGCCAAAUGUUCUGAUGAUGGGUUUCAAGAAAGACUGGCGCAGUGACACUCCUCAGGCUGCACACAGUUACAUAGAGAUACUGCAUGAUGCAUUUGACCUGCAGUACGGUGUGUGCGUGCUGAGAAUGAGGGAGGGACUGGAUGUCUCUCAUCCAUCUCAAUCACAUGUCAAUGCAGCCUUUGAUGGAGGAUCAGAGAGUAUAACCACCAUCUCUGCCGCUCCCCGCAUUAAAACAAGCACUACUUCUGCUGUCUCUAUUGAAGUGGAGCCUCAGCCUAGUACGGUGUUCCAGAAAAAACAAGGAAAGAGGACCAUCGAUGUGUACUGGCUGUCUGAUGACGGAGGUCUGACCCUGCUGCUGCCCUACCUGCUGACCCGGAGGAAGCGCUGGGCCAGAUGUAAGGUCCGAGUGUUUGUGGGGGGUGAAACAGACAAGAAGGAAGAGCAGAAAGAGGAAGUGUUGGCACUGAUCAAGAAGUUCCGUCUUGGUUUCCAUGACGUUGAAGUGCUUCCUGACAUCUACCAGAACCCCCAGCCUGGAAAUGUUCAUCAGUUUGAGAAUAUGGUGGGUCGCUUCAGGCUGGAUACAAACCCCAAACAGGACUCCGAUUCUGAGCCGUCAACACAGCAGCAGGAGCCGUGGAUGAUCACUGAACAGGAUUUAGAGAGGAACAAGGCCAAGUCCCUCCGUCAGAUCCGUCUAAAUGAAGUUCUGCAGGAUUACUCCAGAGAAGCUGCUCUCAUUAUUAUCACCAUGCCGGUGGGGAGGAGAGGAGCGUGUCCCAGUACUCUCUACCUGGCCUGGCUGGACUUCUUGUCACGUGACCUGAGACCUCCAGUCCUGCUGGUCAGAGGAAACCAGGAAAACGUCCUCACCUUCUACUGCCAAUGAAAUUUCUGACUAAUGCGUACAUACUGAACUACAAAUUAUAACUCGCUAACAUCCUGACAUUUUUUAUUUGACUUGGAUGACUAACUAUUGAUGAUUAUCUAAUCCUGUAAUUAAUGUAUUAUUCCUGUAUUUACCAUGUUCUUAACUCUGACAUCUGCUGUGUAAAGAUUGACAUGUUUUAGACGUAAGGCGGGAGUGAAUCACUCUUCAGAGCAUAUUUACAAUUAAAAAUAAAUUAUUUAUCAAAAUGAUGUAAUAUUUGACA